GCCUACCAAAAGAAAAUUCAGGAUUAGAAAAUGAAACCUCCACUUGGAACUCCCAUGUGUUUUCAAUUUUACUUGAUUGAAAAGCAAAAACAAAAUUACUAUGAUACCCUAAUUUUUUAUGAUUUGGACAUGACAAUAGCUUACUAAUAUGGCACCCCUAUAUAUACCAUAAAUCUGUUCAUAAUAAAUUCCAUAAUUGAGAUCCAUAAUUUCCUUCCAGGAUUGAAACUUUCUAUAUGGGUGAGUUCAGACAAUAUUUGCAGGGUUUUAGGCCUUCUCAGCUUAUGUCAGAAAUGGAUAUCAGCAUGGAAAUGACAAAGCAGUCUUCAGAGCUAAAUUCAAGUCUAUUGGAGAAUUUCAGCACUGCAGACUUCUCUUUAGAAACCUUGUUGGCCCACCAACUACCUGAAUUCCCAGCAAGCUGUACUUAUAACAACCUUUCGAGUACUGUGCCUGCCGGCAGCCUUGGUGCAAUACCAACUGCUCAUACUGUUACGGUGGAUGAAGAUGUUUUUGUUGAAAGCAAGAAGAGAAAAGCAAAUGAACAAUCAACCAGCAACUGCCAAAGCAUUUCUCCUGCUGUUUCCACAACUGAAUUUGGAGGAGACUCCAAUAUCAGGAAAAAGAAUAGAUUAGGCAAAGGGAAGAGCAACAAGAAAGAGCCAGAGAAAGCAGAAGAAGUAAUUCAUGUUAGAGCAAGAAGAGGCCAAGCUACAGAUAGUCACAGUUUAGCAGAAAGGGUAAGAAGAGAGAAAAUCAAUGAGAAAAUGAGGUGCCUGCAAGACCUUGUUCCUGGAUGCCACAAGACAAUGGGAAUGGCGGUUAUGCUGGACGAAAUCAUUAAUUAUGUUCAUUCAUUACAGAAUCAAGUUGAGUUUCUUUCAAUGGAGCUUGCGGCAGCCAGUUCUUCUUAUGACUUGAACUUGGAUACAGAAUGCAUCAGAAAGGCACAGGGGACAAAUUCACAUGUAGCACAACAGAUGGAGAAAUGGGCAAGAGAUAGAUAUGGAGAACAGAAUUGCUUCCAUUGGACAUGGCCACUUUGACUGCACUUUUGGCCAUUACUUCUUGUUUGCUUAUAAAGCACAUGAAUAUGCUUCUUACCUCAUUUUCGUGCAAAUCAAAUCUGUUUCCAGAUACGAUGGCAAAUGUUUCAUCCGCUUUCAUACACGUUACAUCUGUUUCUAGUUAGACGUCAAUUGUCCUAAUGAACUUAUCACGAGGGGUUGAGUCCGAAAUACCUGAGCAUAUCCCUAUUUUUUUGGUCUCAAUUAAGGGCUUCUUUUUCUUAGUUUUGUCUCUAAAACCUAUUUGUGGCUUAUAGCACCUUAUGCACUAAUGAUGCUAUGUCAGCUGGAGCAAGUUAGGCAUGAACUGGCUUUAAACAGGACUGAACUUAUGUAUUUGUUUGUAUUUUUCAUGUCCAUUUUGUGAAGUAUUUUGUCAAUUUAUGAAAUGAAACUUGAUAUUCACCCACCUUGAUAUAGACAGACUUGAUAUUCUCGGGUACAAAUCAACUUUUUCAAGUGGCUGAAAACCAUUGAACUAACC